AUGGUGCUGUUAUCCCCGUAUGAGUCCAAACACGUGUCACUUAUGGGUCGAAACACCCUCUGUAUAUAUGAUUGGUCCGAUAGUGAUACCCAUUUUGCGAUACAUGUGGCCGUCCCUCACCUCCAGAAGACUAACGGCUCUAUCAUCCAGAUAUCAGCCCUCGCGGGCUUAGCGCCGAUGCCCCAAAAGUUGGGACCUAAAGGCAUACGACUCAACGCUAUUAAUCCCGACGCUACGCAAGUGUUUGAACCGUUGCCACCGAUUUGGGAGAAGACCCGUGAGUUCACACCACUUAAGAAAUUAGGCCAACCCUUAGAUAUAGCCAAAGCCGUGGCUUUUCUAAUCUCAAGCGACGCGCAGUUUAUUACCGGCGCUAAUCUGGUGGUCGACGGAGGCUUUGUCUAUAAUGUCGGUGCUCUCAACCAACUGUUUCAAUGA